UCGCGCUUCAGGCAUUUUUGAACGAAGCUAUCACAGCUUCCUCAGCGAUCCUGUCCUGUAAUAUAGUAGACCAUCUUCCCAAACACGCACCCUCGACGCUCGGAACGGCUUUUGCACGGAGCGAAUACACUCUCUACCUCGCAGAUAUUGCGCACCAGACUUUCCCCAACUUUUCAGCGCAUGACUUCUGUUCGCUCUCCUCUGUUCUCGACCUCGGGUCCAGACGCCCAAGAUGGCAGCCAAAAUCAUCGUCCUAGGUAACCUCGCUGGGCAGAUCAAGACGGCAUUCGCCAAACUUGCCACGCUCCAUUCCAAGAACAACUUCGCGCUUGCAAUCGUCGCCGGCAAUCUGUUCGGCGAGACCGACGACGACGAGGUCACGGCACUUCUCGAUGGCACGAUCAAAGUUCCUCUCUCGACAUACUUCACCGUCGGCACGACUCCUCUUCCCCCACGCAUUGUCGAGAAGAUCGUGGCUGAUGAGGAGAUCUGCGAGAACCUUAACUUCUUGAGCAAGCGAGGCGUGGUCAAGACAUCCGAGGGUAUCCGAAUCGCCACGCUUGGAGGGCUGCUGGAUAAGACCAUUGUCGGCGGCCAGUCAAAGGAGCAGCACUUGCCUUUUCACACGUCCGACGAUGCAAAGGCUCUGCGCGGCGCAAACUCGGCUGACAUACUCUUGACUGCGCUCUGGCCGUCGCCGGUCUGGAAGGGCUCCAAGGUGUCCGGAGCUGCUGAACAGGACAUAGUAAAGACUGCUACCACCGAGAUUGCCGAGCUGUGCGCCACCUUGCGGCCAAAGUACCACUUCGCCAUGGGAAUGGAGGCCUCCUUCUACGAGCGGGAGCCCUUCUUCCACCCGCCCAAGGGUGAAGGCGAGACCAGCUUCGACAUCACACGAUUCAUAUCGCUGGCUAGCUAUGGCAAUUCGGCCAAGGCCAAGGCCAUGUACGCCUUUACGCUACAGACGGACGCCAUCACUGCGCUCCCCAAUGGCACAACCGUGUCUCCCUUCUACAACAAGGCCAAUGCACCGAAGAGGCGAGCGGACGAGAUGGACACUGGCUACUCGCGCUUCUCACAUACGGGCGAUGACGACCGGCGCAACAAGAGGCGGCGCAGUGACAGGCCACCACCUCCCGGGCCGGACCAGUGCUUCUUCUGCCUGUCGAACCCGUCGCUUCCCACACACAUGGUCUGCACGAUCGGGGAGGAGUCAUACGUGGCGACAGCCAAGGGCCCGCUUCCGUCAGCGCAGACUUUUGCGGACCAAGGGCUCAGCUUCCCCAGCCACCUGAUCAUGGUGCCGCUCCCGCAUGCACCGAUGCUCACGACGGCAGGUAUGGGCCGGGACGAGGCGGCGGGCGCGUUCAGGGAGAUGACGCGCUUCCGCGAGGCGCUGCAGGCCAUGAUUGCGACUCGCAGCGGCCGCAAGCUCGGCUCCGUAGCCUGGGAGAUCAACCGGAAGCGCGGCAUCCACGCGCACUGGCAGCUCAUGCCCGUGCCCGCCAACAUGGUGCGGUCGGCCGCCGGGGGCGACAAGACCGGCGGCCCGAGUCUGGUCGAGGCGGCGUUCGCGGUCGAGGCCGAGAACCUGAAGCUGCCCAAGCUAGAGGUGCGUGACUUUGGCAUCGGCGACGAGGUCGAGGGCGACUUCUUCCGCGUUUGGCUGUACGCCGAGGAUGACGGAGGCGACAGCGAGGGCUCGAUGGGCGGCCGGGUCGUCAGCAAGAUGCUCCUGAUGCGCUUCGACGUCCGGUUCGACCUCCAGUUCGGACGUAGGGUCAUGGCCAAGCUGCUGGGCCUGGAGGACCGCCUCAAAUGGCAGGACUGCACCCAGACGCAGGAAGAAGAGACGAAGGAUACAGAUGAGUUCCGAAAGGCCUUCAAGGACUGGGACUUUACUGCGAACCAAGAAGACUGAGAAACGCUCACUCGUUGUGGGUGAGAAGUGCAAUGCAUUGCUACUGGCGUUCGGAUUGGGAAAAGGGGGACCCCACGGCUGGUUCUCUUCGUUGUCAUUCAGGGGGCUUGAAUUGGCUUGAAUGAUCCAAGUGAAUUGCGAAGCGCGUAUAGCGACCGCUUCGAGAGGCCGCAUUUUUUGGCAUGAUUUAGGAACGGAUUUUUAGAGACUCAUGAUAAUGGGAUGGCCCCCACGAGGACAUUGAUUUGAGAUUUAGACAUAUCCCUCACUUUUUCAAAAGCCAGCCAGCCGAUAGAGGAAGGGCGUAUAUCACUUAUAUCCAGAUCACUACAUCCUGCCUGCAAUUGAGCUGGUAACCACGCAUGGAGUCAAGCCAGAGAUAUAGCAAAUUAUCAAGUAACAGCUGGAUACCCCGA